AGAAGGUCACAAGUACUACAAGCUAGUUAUAAUUAGUAGGUACAUACGUGGAGAGAGAGAGAGAGUAGCUGGUAGCCUGGUAAGACAGGGAGGGAGAGCGGAGCUAGCUAGAUCACCGUUCACCGAUCGAUCGGCAAUCGGAGAAGGAAAAGACAGGGAGGGACAGGAGGCAAUGAAGAUGGUGCAAGAAGAAAUACGUAAGGGUCCGUGGACUGAGCAGGAGGACCUCCAACUGGUGUGCUUCGUUGGCUUAUUCGGAGAACGGCGAUGGGAUUUCAUAGCCAAAGUUUCAGGUUCGAAGGUGGCGGGGGACACUACUGCUAGAACAGGAAAGAGUUGCAGGUUACGAUGGGUUAAUUACCUGCAUCCCGGUCUCAAGCGAGGACGGAUGACGCCUCAAGAGGAGCAGCUCGUGCUCGAACUCCACUCUCGUUGGGGCAAUAGAUGGUCCAGAAUUGCUCGGAAAUUACCAGGCCGAACUGACAAUGAGAUAAAGAAUUAUUGGAGGACGCAUAUGAGGAAGAAGGCACAAGAGCGAAAGCGGUCUAUAUCACCUUCAUCAUCGUCUUCUCAGUGUUCUUCUCCUUCCACAAAUAAUCCUCCAGCGGCUUCAUCAAUUUCAUUGCCCGAAACCCAUAACGGAGAAGGAAUAAGCAGCUUGCACAAUUGUGGUAGCUCUACUGAUCUUUCUGCCGUGAGAGGAGAGGUGAGCGAGGAAGCCGAUGCGAUAUGGUACCCCAUGGAUGAUCAAAUAUGGAAGGAGUUCCCUUCAGUAGAAGAGGCGAUUAGUGGGCCAGUUUAUGAGGGACGCAAGGACGAAGGGUGCAGUUCCUAUCCUCCCAUGGCUUCUCCUUUAUGGGACUACUGUUGUUCCGACACACUGUGGAGGAUGGACGAAGAAGAGAUCAAGAUGAUACUUCCCAUGGCCGACCAUUUUGUUUCCACCUAUGGACAUGACACCAGAGAGUGAUACUUAGAACCAAAAGCUUGCUUCGACGACCAUCUUUGUCCAUAUGUAUCUGUGACUCUGAAAUUCUUAACUAGACUCUAUAAAUUAAACUCUCUCACUCUAGGUUAUAUAUAUAGCAUGAGGCUUUUCUCGGCAUGUGAUGUCCAAUUGUCCAUGCAUAAACCAUAAACCAUAGUUUGUCUGUGUGUGUGCCCUCUUUGCAAGUAGACAACCUCACUAAAAUGUUGACAUGAUUGUGCAUGUAAGACAAGGGAAACCCUUCCAUAGUAGAGGGAGUCCUGGAUCAGAUCUGUGGUUUCGUUUGUAACAUUGAUUGAAUUGAAACAUAAUGUUGUGGUAUCUAUAUAUA